AUGCGCAUGCUUCGUUCCCAACUUGGUGGAUCUCACGAAAUUAUGGCUCUCUGCUGCGUGGCUUCAGAGGACGCUGACGCCACCCGCAAGAGCAAGCGAAUAGACAAGCAACUGAGGUCUGAACGUAAUCGUUACCGAAAGUUGGUGAAGACGUUACUUCUAGGCGCCGGAGAGUCAGGAAAGAGCACAUUCCUACGUCAAAUUAGAAUCAUUCAUGGUGAAGACUUUGACGAAGCUACGCGACUGGAAUUUUGUCCUGUUGUAUACGGUAAUGUUCUGAAGUGGAUGAAGGUUCUCGUUGAAGCACGGCGUCGUUUGUCUAUCCCGUGGGCUGAUCCCAACUGUGAACAGCAAGGAGCUGCCGUUCUCCAGACUUUCAACAACGAACAACUUGACACACAGAUGUUUUCUGAAUUCGUUCCGGCCGUCAAGCAAAUUUGGAGUGACGAAGGAAUUCAACAGACGUUUGCCAGAAGAAGUGAAUACCAGAUUGGUGAUUCCCUUGAAUAUUUUAUUACUCGUUUGGAUAAGAUAGCUCAACCAGGGUUUAUACCCAAUCGGCAGGAUGUUCUGAGAUCCCGUAAGGCCACAAGAGGUAUCUUUGAGUACAAGUUUGAAGUGAAAGGCAUCCCAUUUGUAAUGGUUGACGUGGGUGGCCAGCGUUCCCAACGGACCAAGUGGUUCCAGUGUUUUGAUGAAGUUACAGCCAUUGUUUUCCUGGCGGCGUCCAGUGGUUUUGAUCAGACACUAAUGGAAGACCGUUCAACAAAUCGACUGAUGGAGAGUUUGAAUAUAUUUGAUACAAUCAUCAACAACAAAUGUUUCAAGGGUGUCUCUAUGAUCCUGUUUCUCAACAAGACAGAUCUAUUAGAAGAAAAGGUGAAAUCAGCCGACAUAUCAAGGCACUUCAGCUCAUUUCGUGGAGACCCUCACGAUGUGACACAAGUACAACAAUUCAUCCUUGCUCGAUUCACUGAGAGACGCAAUGACCCAAACAAGCAAAUCUAUCACCACUUUACGACGGCCACAGACACUGAAAAUAUUCGUGUUGUGUUCCGUGCCGUCAAGGAUACUAUUUUGUCAAAAAACAUUCAGGCGCUGAUGCUGCAAUAAUUAUUAUAUUUAAUCUACGCUUUCCAGCGACAGUACAGGCUAGUGAACCUGUUGAUUAAAAAUUUUAUAUUUUCAUUAA